GGGGCGGAGUCCGAACCGCCGCCGCCGCCGCCACUGCUGCUGCCGCCGCCGCCGCCGCCUGAGAGAAGCAUGUCUGCAACUCGAGCUAAGAAAGUGAAGAUGGCUACCAAAUCAUGCCCCGAGUGCGACCAACAGGUUCCUGUUGCAUGUAAAUCAUGUCCCUGUGGUUACAUAUUUAUUAGCAGAAAACUUUUAAAUGCAAAACACCCAGAAAAAGCACCAUCUUCUACAGAAAACAAGCAUGAGGCCAAGAGGAGGCGAACAGAGAGAGUUAGGCGAGAGAAGAUAAAUUCUACAGUAAAUAAAGAUUUAGAAAACAGAAAGAGGUCUCGAAGUAACAGCCAUUCAGAUCAUAUCAGACGAGGAAGAGGAAGACCUAAAAGUGCAUCUGCCAAAAAACAUGAGGAAGAAAGAGAGAAACAGGAAAAGGAAAUUGACAUCUAUGCUAACCUCUCUGAUGAAAAGGCUUUCGUGUUUUCAGUCGCCUUGGCAGAAAUAAAUAGAAAAAUUAUUAAUCAAAGACUUAUUCUCUGAUAUUUGUCUGCAAAAUGUGUUGAAACUUUCUUCAGGAUUACAUCAGCAAAUUCUCAAAACAGUUGUGGACUCUCAGGAGCAUUUUGAUUGCAUCAAUAAGGGCCAUUGAUUGUUUUUUUCCUUAUCAUUUAGCCUGUGCCACACUUUGGGAGUGAAGCUAUAGGCUUGGACUGUUUUGGGAUUUCCUUGUUUACCAAGGAGUAUUGUCAGUGUUUGUGUUUGGGAUAUAGUGAAUUUACUCCAAAAAAGAAAAAAAAGUAAACAAACCGGUUGACUGUUAAAGAAUUAAAGGAUAGGGUUGAGAGUGGAAGUAUGAAAACCAGAGAAAUAAAAUGAUAGUUUUCAGGUUUGCCACCAGAGAUGCAAUAUUUUAAAUACUUUGAGAAAGAGUGACUUUUGAAAAUAUAUAUUUCAGAUUUGAGCACUAACAUUGCAUAUUUA